AUGCAGCCAGCAAUGAUGAUGUUUUCCAGUAAAUACUGGGCAAGAAGAGGGCUUUCCCUGGACUCAGCGGUGCCCGAAGAGCAUCAGCUGCUCGCCAGCUCAACACUAAAUAAAACUAACUCUGGCAAAAAUGAUGAUAAAAAAGGCAACAAGGGAAGCAGCAAAAAUGACACUGCUACCGAGAGUGGCAAGACGGCAGUUGUAUUCUCCUUGAAAAAUGAAGUUGGUGGAUUAGUCAAAGCACUGAAACUCUUCCAGGAAAAACAUGUCAACAUGAUUCAUAUUGAGUCCCGGAAAUCCCGGCGGCGAAGUUCGGAAGUUGAAAUCUUUGUGGACUGUGAGUGUGGCAAAACGGAAUUCAAUGAGCUCAUUCAGUCGCUGAAAUUUCAAACCACAAUUGUGACGCUGAAUCCGCCAGAGAACAUUUGGACAGAGGAAGAAGAGCUGGAGGACGUGCCCUGGUUUCCCCGGAAGAUCUCGGAGUUAGACAGGUGCUCCCACCGAGUCCUCAUGUAUGGUUCAGAGCUGGACGCCGACCACCCAGGAUUUAAAGACAAUGUCUAUCGACAGAGAAGGAAGUAUUUUGUGGAUGUCGCCAUGGGUUACAAAUACGGUCAGCCCAUCCCCAGGGUGGAGUACACGGAGGAAGAAACGAAGACUUGGGGUGUUGUGUUCCGGGAGCUCUCCAAACUCUAUCCCACUCACGCUUGCCGGGAGUAUUUGAAAAACUUCCCUCUGCUGACUAAACACUGCGGCUACAGGGAGGAUAAUGUGCCCCAACUGGAAGACGUCUCGACGUUUCUGAAAGAAAGGUCUGGCUUCACGGUGAGGCCAGUGGCCGGAUACCUGAGCCCUCGGGACUUUCUGGCGGGACUGGCCUACAGAGUGUUCCACUGCACCCAGUACGUCCGCCACGGCUCGGACCCCCUCUACACCCCGGAGCCAGACACAUGUCAUGAACUCCUGGGACAUGUCCCUCUGCUUGCGGAUCCUAAGUUUGCUCAGUUUUCACAAGAAAUAGGCCUGGCAUCUCUGGGAGCUUCGGAUGAAGAUGUUCAGAAACUAGCCACAUGCUAUUUCUUCACGAUUGAGUUUGGCCUUUGCAAACAAGAAGGGCAGCUGCGGGCAUAUGGCGCUGGACUGCUUUCCUCCAUUGGAGAAUUAAAGCAUGCUCUUUCUGACAAGGCGUGUGUGAAAGCCUUUGACCCAAAGACAACCUGCUUGCAGGAAUGCCUUAUCACCACCUUCCAGGAAGCCUACUUUGUUUCAGAAAGUUUUGAAGAAGCCAAAGAAAAGAUGAGGGACUUUGCAAAGUCAAUUACCCGUCCCUUCUCAGUCUACUUCAAUCCCUACACUCAGAGUAUUGAAAUUCUGAAAGACACCAGGAGUAUUGAAAACGUGGUGCAGGACCUCCGCAGCGAUUUGAACACCGUGUGUGAUGCCUUGAAUAAAAUGAACCAGUAUCUGGGGAUUUGA